CCGGGCCGGCCCGAGGAGGAGGAGGCGGAGGGCAGCGCGGCUGAGGGGAGGGCUGAGCCGUGCCGGGCGACACCUGGGCGGCUGCGCUGCCUCCUCCUCCUCCUCUCACGUAGGUUUCGACUUUCUUACCCGCCCGGAAACUUAGUGGGGGAGUCGCGUUUGCCGCCGCCGCAGGCCGAGUUGGUGUUGGGCUUCCUCUGCCUCUUCCCAUCCUCCCUCCUUCCCCUUCCCGGGGGCGAGCAGACCCCCUUUGCCGCGCCCCGGCGCGCACAGAGGCCCUCUGUCAGACAGCUGCUACGUGCCAAGUGUUCCUGCUGCUGGGCUGAGGGUGCCUGCUGCUGGCUGUCAUGGCUGACCCCACGGCAGAAGAACACGCGUCCCAAGUUAGUGAACUCUGCUGUGAAUGUGGUCAGUUCCACCUCUUGCUGGACAAUCAUCUCUACAACUUCCAGGAUGAAGUGGAUGAUGAACUCACCUGCCAUAUCUGCCUUCAGCCCCUGCUCCAACCUAUGGACACACCCUGUGGACACACGUACUGUUUCAAGUGCCUUGAAAACUUCAUGCAGGAGUAUAACUUCUGUCCUAUGGAUCGGAAGAAGCUCUCUUUCCAGCAGUGCCACAAGUCCAGCCUCCUCGUACGAAACCUGUUGGAUAAACUCAUUGUCUUCUGUCCCUUCAAAGCAGAGUGUCAGCAGACAAUGCAGCGGUGUGAACUUGAAGCUCAUCUGCAGAACAGGUGUCCUGGUUUCAAGAAAUACAAAUCUGAACUGCAAAGGAAAAAGAAUCCCAUUUCCAAAGGGAAGGAAAAUCCCUCUGCCAAGGUGGAGACACACACAAACACGCCCAAGGAUCCAGAGGUACCAAGCGGAGGAUCCUCGCUUGUGGCAGAAAGCUCUGCAGCUGCUGUGGUAUCGCUGGGGACUGCAGAGCCAGGACUGGUUAAUCCAGCUUUUGAAGAGACUGAAGAAGACCUCCCUCAGAGAACGAGUCUUGUGGCUGAAACAACUACAAUUGACAUUCACCGGGAAGACCCGGAGGAAGAGCUGGGGAUGAGGAUAGUUGGGGGUAAAGACACCCCACUAGGAAACAUUGUCGUUCAGGAAGUCUUGCACGAUUCUGUCAUUGCUGCAGAUGGAAGAAUAGCACCUGGGGAUCAUAUUCUGGAGGUGAAUGGCGUCAACAUCAGCAGCGUGACUCAUUGCCAAGCUGUCUCCUUCCUGCGCCACCCAGGGCCUGUUCUCCACCUCAUGGUCCUGCAGGAGAAGGGGUUUUCCAAUAAAAGUGCACAGCAGGAUCCCACUUGUGCCCCAAGCCGGGAAGUGAUCCACGUUACCUUGAUCAAGAGAGAGCGAUCCGAACCCUUGGGGAUCAAACUCAUCAGGAAGACAGAUGAGGCAGGGAUUUUUAUUCUGGAUCUGUUAGAGGGAGGUUUGGCAGCCAAAAAUGGGAAGCUGAGUCGGAAUGACAGAGUCCUGUCAAUAAAUGGCCAGGAUUUGAGGCAAGGAACACCUGAGGCCGCUGCACAGAUAAUCCAGAACACUGAGUCAAGAGUGAACUUUGUCAUCCUGAGGCAGGCAGGUGUACAGCUGUCAGACCCAGUAGAAGAUGGCAGCACAUCAAAUAACAGCAGCAGCAGCAGCAGCAAUGGAGGGAGCCCAGUGCACCAUCGGAGACGGGGUGACCAGAAUCACUACAGACGAAAAUCCAACUACCAGAAGGAUUUACCUCAGGGAUAUGCAAGUCAUGAAAAGACAGUUGCCAUAAAGAAGGAACCGAAGGAAUCUUUAGGAAUAACGAUUGGAGGAGGAAGGGAUAACAAAAACAAGCUCCCUAUAUACGUAACGAGCGUGCAGCCCAUUGGGUGCCUCUUCAGGGAUGGCAGAAUCAAGCGAGGAGAUGUACUUUUGAGCAUAAAUGGCAUUGAUUUGACUCACCUGAACUACUACGAAGCUGUCUCAGCACUGAAAUCAAACGCAGCUUCCCACUCAGUCAUACUGAAAGCCUUGGAAGUCCUCUCCCUGAACUCCUCAGAGCCAUCUCUGGACAUCAAGGAGCAAGGGUUCAGCUGGGCUCCCCUCUGGAUCACGUGGCUCGGAUUGCCCAGCUACCUUCAUUUCUGCCAAGACAUUGUCCUGACUAAAGGUAACCUGGAGAGCUGGGGCUUCAGCAUUGUUGGAGGCUUUGAGGAAAGCAAAGGAAACCAGCCCUUCUUCAUCAAAACCAUCGUGCCUGGGACCCCUGCCUACAGAGACAGGAAGCUAAAGUGUGGAGAUGAAAUCGUGGCAGUGAAUGGAGUGCCAGCAAUAGGGAUGAGCAACUCAGAACUCAUCCCAAUGCUGAAGGAGCAGAGGAACAAAGUCACACUGACAGUGGUGUCGUGGCCAGGCAGCCUCGUGUGAGACAGCUCCCACCAGCCCCACAGCACUUCCAGGUAUGGGGUGACCAUCCCCCAGAGCCCAGCACGUGCAGAUGAACUGGGGUGAGGCUGAGCUCCUGCUACACCCUGCAUUGCCAGGGGAGACUUGGAGCUUCCUUCUUGCAGAAAACAUUUCUUCCCUGUGCUGAGGUUCAUGGAGGGAUCUGGUUGGUGGAUUCAAAGUAACAGUUAAUCCCAGCGGUUGUUGUAGCUUCCUGGGCUCAUUAAAGCUCUCUAGGAUUGGUGGUGCAGAGAAAGCUCUUUCCACUGCUUCUGUACAACUUGCCCCCUUUGAGGUGCUCUCCUCCAUCCUACAGCUCUGCUUCCCACUUACUGACUGGCACAGGUGAACCCAGGCCUGGCUGUCCCAUCUCCCCUGCUCAUUCAUACAGUGCUGCUGCUCCCACUGCCCUUCUUGGACAUUGACUUAUUUCAUAGGUGCUUGUAAAAGCCACGAGUGAAACUCUAAGGAUGAGGACCCAAUGAAGCAGUUCUUACAGCUCCAGUCUUGGGUAAUUUUAGGCUACUGGAACAUAAUGAAUGUGUUUCUCCACUUAAAAAGGGAUGGUUAAGUCCCAUAGGUGAUGGCAGGAAAGCUGCUGGGCAGCAGGGGAGAGCUGUGCUCACCUGGGGAAGGUCCCAUCCUCAUUUAGGAUCCUGCCCACUGUGCCAGUCUGUCAUGAAGGGGCGACUUCAACUGCUUAAAGCACAAGUGGCGUCACUGACAGAUGAGGUUGGAAACCCAAAGUUGGAUGGUGAGGUUCACUUCCUGCACAAAGGACCCAGCACUGAUUCAAAAGACCCCAGACAAAGUCACUGGAAUACAAAGGGACACAUGAUGUCAGUCGCUUCCCACAGAUCUGCCCCUGGUGAAAGGGCUCCUGGCUUUCAGGAGCCACCUCCAGAGGUGACCCAGCCCCAGGGCAGGAGCUGUGUGGCAGUGGGGGCUCAGGGGGCCUGUCAUAUUCAUGGUGUAAAGCAGCUGGCUGGCAGUCAGAUGCUGUGUGAUGGAAGGUUUGCAGCAGCCUUGUGCCUGCAGCUUUGCUCCUUGAGAAACAGGUCAUUGCCCCCUGUGUGAGCAUGGGAUGGGUGUUCCAGGCUCUCAGGCACUGCUGCUCAUCAGGUCACUGCUCUCUUCUGGGGUUUCUGAGAACAGAGUGGAACCACAGUCCUCUUGGCCUGGCUAUGGCUUAAGCCUUUACCUCCUUUGGAGCCUGAACCAAACUCCUGCUCGUUUGGUUAAGGAGCUGAGUUCAUCUGUGCCACUAACCAGACAUAAGGCAUUUGUUUAGUGUCCAUCCCUGACCUCAGCUGGGUUUCCCUGCUUUUGUGACUUGAUAAAAUGAGCUUUUCCCGCAGAAGGGAGAUGAUGAAGUAAACAGUUUGUUGUAAGAAACUGUCCCACUUGUAUCAGUUUCCCAGUGCUCAGAGGCAGGAGGAGGAGGGACCCGAGAGCACUUCUCCUGUCAGGCACGUGAGAGGAGCUCCCACAGUUCUGGCCACGUCCCUCCUGCAGCUGGAGCCAAAUCCCUGCCUGGGGCUGAGCUCAAGGGUUGGUGGCUGAACCAGCUCUAGGAACCAGCUGCCUCCAGGCCAGGCUACCCUGGGUAGGUAAAAGAAAAGAGCUAAAGCCAAGACAGGUUGUUCUGACCUGUGACACUGCUGAGUUCCCACCUGCCACACCCCAUGAAGGAGUUCCCUCCUCUUUUAGAAGGUUGCUCAUCAGCAGGAGAAAUGAUGGAUCAUUCUCCAACCAGCCUGCAGGGAGAGAUCUUUCCCCUUCUGCCCUUUCCAAGUACCUUUUAUGGGGCCACCUCCAAAGAUAAGAAUCAAAGGAGUUUCCCCUGUCAGACUGCUGAGUGGUCAACUUCUUAUUGCAGUAAGUGCCUGUCAGUGUCUCCAGCAGCAUUUUCUUAGGGCUGGCUGCUUUGGCAUUAGCUGUUCCUGCAGAGCACAACUGCCCCUGCAUGGAGGGACUUCACUCCUUUAGCUGAGGGCAGAAGAGCUCAGGAGCCUCAGUUCUGUCAGGAGCCUCCCUUUGUUUGGCUCACAAACAGUGCUGUGGACUUUGGCCAGCUGGGCUCUGGGAGCUUCUGUUUCCUGUUAUACUCGUCAGGAAGGUGCCUUGCAGAAAAGUAGCCACUGAAACAAAGGAGCAGAAAAACCUGAAGCAGUUUCUGUCUCCUCUUUCCAGUCAAUGUGCAGAGUCUGGGCUUGGUACAAACAGUAACUAUUUCUGCAGGGAGAGGGCAACUCCUGCUGUGUGUUCCCCAGUGUCACUUGUGUAAAGCUCAGCAGGACAAAGCCCGGCAGGUGCUGUAAGGGAAGGGGCUGCUGCAGAAGGCAGCACCAUUUCAUUCUUACUCCAUCUCAAGGUGCCUUCAACUCCACCACACUGUCCUACCACUUGAAAUGUUGUUUCAUGAUCAGCUUGUUCAUAGAUGUUGAAUGUUUUAAUGCCUCAUAAAUUAUUGUAAUAUCACUGAAAAAAAAAGUAUCAGAGGUGGUUUUUUAACCUUUUCUCUCCAGUAUCAGCUCCUGCCCCUGGAACAGGUCACCUCAGCAACAGACAUUUGCCAAGAAACUGACCUUGGGAGGCAGGAAAUAGUGGAAUUGUCUUCUGCAAAAGUAAAUCCCCCCCUUCCUUUCCCAUCCCAGCCCACGAGGGAAGGGGCCUGGGGAGCUCAGAAGUGCCUGAACUCCAAAGCUCACUCAGGGAAUAAAUAAAGAUGGAUUUUAGGAGGCUGACCUCAUUCCUGGGGCCUCCUGCCCUUGGCAUCACCCAGUCCCAGGCCUGGCCUCCUGCCUGGGAAGGAUGGAGCCCCCACUCCCCAGGCUCAGGCACCGACUGUGCCCGCUGCAGUAGUCACCUGCUGCCAGCAAGGAGUAGUUCCAAAGCCUUCAGCCCUUCUCCAUCUUCAGACUUCUCCAAUACAUUCAAGGCAAAAGUUUCACCACUGUUGCAUUCAUGUAAACUCAUUUCAAGCUGUUUCCCCUAAAUUCACAGCUGCAUCAGCCUACUGCUGUCAGUAAAAACAUCUCCCAGCUGCCCCAGGCAGGGGCAGCAGCCUGGAUGUCAUCACCAUGAACUGGGCUUGGUUAGAGGUGCAGCAGCUCUCUCACCUCCACAGAGCCAGAACCUGGAUGUGGAAUGGUUCUGUCCAGCCCUGGAGAGACACCAGAGCCCCUGGGCCUGCAGAAAUGGAUGGAAUAGACCUGACUCGGGGCCAAACCCAGGGCUUACCUCUGCUGCCAGCACCUUCCCUGCCUGCAGCCAGGCAGCCACCAGCUCACACAGCUCUGGGGGCCUUUCCCUUGGCACCAGCUGCCUCUGUGCUUGCAGAGGCCAUGUGCUGGAAAAAAAAUCAGCAGAUAUGAUGAUGAGAGAAGCUGGGCUCUUUGCAGAGACACAGGCACGGACACUUGGCCCCUCUCCCAUCUGGCACGGGGAAGGGAGCACGUUGGCCAUUGUGCCACAGCCAAGCACAGUGCCAG